GACUCUCUCCGCUCAGAGGGGUAGAGCUGGUCGGCAAGGAUUAUUGGGCUCGGUCUGAGAGUAAUGGCCCUCUUCUGGGUUUAUAACAAAUACUUUCCACAUUUACAAGGACAUGCUGUUGAAGGAUUAUGGCGGCAGAUGCUGCCACGCUUGGCCUGUGUGAGGAUCACGGUGCCCAUUCCCAGACACCAACAGAGGACACAGCUGCAUGGCCAUGCCGGGGCUCCUGCUGCAGCAUCACUACAACAAGAAAAUGACAUGCUAUUGACUGAUCCCCUGAAACACCCAGACUUCUUUCAUGUCAGUGAACUCUUCUCUCUGAAAGACCUCUUCGAUGCCAGGGUGCACUUUGGUCACAAAAGAGGUUGUCGGAACAGGCUGAUGGAGCCAUAUCUCUUUGGUUGCCGAUUGGGCCAGGACAUCAUUGAUUUGGAUCAGUCUAUUCUUUACCUUCAACAAGCUCUAAACUUCACCGCCCAUUGUGCCUAUCGGAAAGGGAUCAUCCUGUUUGUGAGUCGCAUGCGUCAGUUUGCUCACCUGAUAGAGGAAACCGCAAAGGAGUGCGGGGAGUAUGCACACACCAGAUACUGGCAGGGUGGCUUGCUGACCAAUGCACAUGUCCAGUAUGGAACUGGUGUUCGCCUGCCUGAUCUCAUCAUCUUUCUCAGUACUUUGAAUAAUGUAUUUGAGCAGCACGUUGCAGUGCGAGAUGCUGCCAAGAUGAAUAUUCCAACAGUGGGAAUAGUAGACAGUAACUGUAAUCCCAGUCUCAUUACUUACCCCAUUCCGGGAAAUGAUGACUCUCCUUCGGCAAUUAAUCUCUACUGUAAACUUUUUAAAAUGACCAUUCUUCGAGCAAAAGACAAGAGACGUCAAAUGGACCUACUGUAUGGAAUUCAGAAAAAAUGACCAAAUAAAGUUGUUAAUAUACAAAA